GCAAACGGUCCUCUGUUGAGUUUAUAACUGUAUCUGUGAUUGUGAGGGUGACAAGCUUGCAAAAGUUCUUUAUAUUAUUUGAAGAAGGUGUAUUUUUUCCUCUAACUUUGAACUUGGACUAUAUGCUAGAGUGGAGAGGACCCACUGCACAGAAACCUGGGUUGACCUGAGAGAUACUGCCUGAUAUUUUCCUUCAGUUGCUUGUCAUUUGCUGCUUAAAUUGACAGGAAUAUCCAGAAGAAGCCUGUAGGCCUACAAGUUUCUUCUUCUUCUUUUUUUUUUUUUGAAGUCUGACAUGACCUAAACUCAAAGAGAUGAUUGUACCAGAGAAAUAUUACAAGAAAACGAAAGUAAAGGCUGCUUUAAUGAGAGAAAAUAGAAAAAGAGUAUUAUUAUAGCCUAUAAUAUGGCUUCUUCAGAUUGUGUUUUUUUCUCCCAUCUGGUUGUGAUGCAUCUCUUAUUUCCUUAUGUAACAUUGUUUCUGUAAAGCCACUUUGUAAAUGAUGCUUGGCUUGAAGUGCUCUGCUGAUGUGGAUAUGGCUGCUCAAAGUGUGCAGUGUGGCUUGCCGUCGUCUAUAUAUACCCUGUAGAACCGAAUUUGUGUGAUAAAACCACAAUCACAGAUUCGAUUCUAGGGGAGUAUAUGGUCGAUGAAAAAACUUCGAUCCAAUGACUUAUUGCACAUCUUUAUUAUGAGUUGCUUCUUGCUGUCAGAUAUAGAUGCUCCUGCAGUGACAGUGUUGGUUUAUGAAUGAGAGCCAAUCUGACAACACCACAUAUACUUCACAAGAAGCGCUCAGGGCAUGAAACUCUAGAGGCUUCAAGGGAAAUCUGAGCAAAAUGUUUCACAUGAAAACAGACAUAUAAUGAGGGAGUUAUUUCUAUUUCAUGUUGAUAUGGGUUUAGCAUGCACUUCUCCAAGCUGUAGCUUCUUCCUCCUGUGGGUCGCUUGUGUGUCUCCACAUUAUUGAUUCCCAGAGGCUGCUGCUACUGGCCAAUAGGCUCCUGAGACUGUUUUCCUCAAAGGGGAUGGGAGCAGAUGAAGUGAUGAGAUUCGUGUAACUUUUGGAUGACCCCUUCUUGACAAAGACAGUGUCCAUCAAUUGUCCUCAGUCAUUAUUCGCUGCUUUUAUGCCAAGGGGCUUUUUGUAUCUUUUGUUGGUUUCUCUGUUGAACACCAUGCCUUCAAAGUUAGACCUUUAAACUGAUAUAUUUUAUAUAUAUAUUGCAUAAAACAACCACAUGCAUGCACAGUCUCCUAUUUCUUUAUAAUAUAUAAUUUUAAAGUUAAAUAUUGCUUUGUGUGUUUUUUUUAUUUUCCCAGCAUGCCUCAAAGUUAGACCUUAAACUGAUAUAUUUUAUAUAUCUUGCAUAAAAACAAUCCCAUGCAUGCAUAGUCUCCUAUUUCUUUAUAAUAUAUCAUUUUAAAGUUAAAUAUUGAGUUGUGUGUUUUUCUUAUUUUCCCAGCAUGCUCUCUUAUUAUCCAAAAAUGCGCACCCAGAUGUUUCAGAGCAAAAUAUUUUUUUUUAUCCCACUGGGGUCUAAUUUGGGUGCAUCUUUAAGUUAGAUAAAAUUGCCUUUAGUUGUAUGUUUACCCGUUUAUGGACCAGCAUCACCUCCAUUGGCCCAUCUGGUCACAUGGUUCGCUAACUUUAUUCAGUUGACACCAAGUAGGAGGGCUUUAUGGAAGGGAGGAAAAAAAAGACAACUCGAGAAAAAUUAGUAUUUUUCUACCUUCAGAAAUUAAUGGCCAUGAGUUCGUAUAUGGUGAACUCUAAGUAUGUGGACCCACAAUUUCCUCCCUGCGAGGAAUAUUCACAAAAUAACUAUAUACCUGAGCAGGGCUCGGACUUCUACAGUCAGGCGACACAGGACACAGACUUUCAGCAUCCAGGGAUCUACCCAGCACCACGGCCAAACUACACGGAGCAGCAGCCCUUCAGCUGCACCACUGUGCACGACUCCACGGUGCAGCCACGGGGUCAUGUGCGCGAGAGAUCCGGCCGCUCGAGCCCCUUUAGCGCGCAGACUGAGGAGGGGCCCCCGGUCCAAGUGGCCGGACCCAGGACUUGUGGACAGCAGCAAAACACAAAGAGCCCAAAUGGGAUACAGUCCAAGCAGUCUGCAGUAGUUUACCCCUGGAUGAAGAAAGUCCACAUCACUACUGUGAACCCGGACCACACAGGACCCGAGCCCAAACGGUCCAGAACAGCUUACACCAGGCAGCAGGUUUUGGAGCUUGAAAAGGAGUUUCAUUUUAACAGGUAUCUGACCAGGAGGCGACGGAUCGAGAUUGCCCACACUCUUUGUCUCUCUGAAAGGCAGAUCAAAAUCUGGUUUCAGAACAGACGGAUGAAAUGGAAGAAAGAUCACAAACUGCCCAACACCAAGGGCAGAUCUGCACCAGCAGUCUCCAGCCAUCUGCAAAGCCUCCAGAAGGAUAACCAGACUGCGAUCACAUCUUUAUAAGAGAGGAGGAGGAACACCUUUUAGAAAACUGUACAUAAAAAAAAAGACAGAGGUUGCAUCUGACUUUUUUUGCAUGGACUGAUGUUGUUUUAGCCAUUUUUUAUUAUUAUUAUUUAACAAAAAAAGACCCCAGCAGUGUUUGACUCUCCACACUCAAGAGUCAGAAAAUCAAUCAGUCUUUUAUAUAAGUUUGAAAGUUGUUUUAAUUUCCUCAAAGAGACACAGCAAAAACAUCGAAACAAACUUCUUUUUUCUUUUUUUUUUUUUUUUUGGACGUUUCCCAUCUGAGGACAUUUAAUGAUCAACCUCGGCUGAUUUCAAUGGAUUUAAACAAAAGUGUUGCAGCUCCUCAUCACGUGGAUUCACGCUGGUUUAAAGAUUGAAAUAUCUUUAUUCAGAGCACACACACACACACACACAAAGGUUAUUUCAGUUUAUCUUCCUAGUCAAACCUCACAUUAAACGCACAAUAUAUAUAUACUUGAAGGAACCAUUAUUUCCAUAGAGCACGCCAAACACAACCUACUUUUUCGUAAGUUGCAAAAAAAACAAAACGUUUCAGUUCCACGUUUUCUUUGUGACUAUAAUAUGUUUUAACUUAUUUUGUACAAUAAAAGCUUUGAAAAUUUUCUUAGCCUAAAUAUUAUUCCCAAAAAGCAAAGACAUUCCUGUGUGCGUUACUAUUCAGAGUGCCCUUAUAAUAAAUCUCUCCUGACAUCUUUGUAAACAGUGUACAUUUUCAAGAGGCUCCAUUUGAAAGUCUUAUAUAUGAAAGAUCAUUUUGUUUUCCUGCAUGGCAUCGAAUUGAUAUUGGAUGUUCAGAUCAAAAAUCCAGAAUAUUUAGGAGUGUUUAUUUCUUCUUGAUAUGAUUUUUUCAUUUAUUUAUUUGUUUAAAAAAAAAAAAACGUGUACAUUUUCGUAUAAGCACACAUACAAUUUUUAAUUAAAAAGUAUUCGUUAAAAUUUAAUUAAUCUAAAAAUAUGUUUGAACUCUUGUGGAUUAUUAGCAUGGCUUUAAUGCAACGUUUUAGUCUUUUUUUAGUUGAUGUGGGAAUCUUCUAGUUUGUCAUUUCCACCGAGCAUCAAGACAGAUAUUUUCUUGUUUUAAACCUUCAUUGUCUAAGGACAAAAAAAAAAAAAAAGCCCAGAAGCUCUGAGGUCUUCUCUGUGAAGUCUUCACGAUGA